AUGCCAUCUAAGAUUUCUACCAUUUUCUACAUACAUGAUUCAAACGAAAGACUUAUGCAAGAAUAUACGGUUAAAGAGAUUAUGGCUGUGUCGAGAAUAUCGAGACUCAGAUUGAAGAUUUUGAAAGGAGGAUGUGAUAUGUUUAAAGGAGAAAUUUGUAGCCUGCGCAGGUACUGGCUAGUUUUUUAUUAUACUUUUGGGAUUUGGCAACGGUUUUGGGAUUUGGCAAUUAUUUGGAAUUUCGAUAAAGGUUUGGGAUUUUGGAAACGGUUUUGGGUUUUGGCAAUUAUUUGGGAUUUAAAUAAAGGUUUGGGAUUUCGGCAAUGGUUUGGGAUUUCGGUGAUGGUUUGGGAUUCUGACGAUGGUUUGGGAUUUUGGCAGUAGUUUGGGAUUUGGGAUUUGGGAUUUCGGCAAAAUUCCGAAACUAUAUUUCGG